CUAAGGAGGAAGCAUUAAAAAAUUAAAAACAAAUUUACUGCUUUUUUAAAAAUGUUCAAAAAUUUUACACGAUGACUCCUAUACAUCUUGCCCCGUUAGAAGGUAUAUAGAAACAUACCCCUUCCGCAUAUCUUGCCUUUAGAGAUCUUGAAAGCAUAAUCAAAACAAUAACAUAACCCCAUUUCCACACACUCUAUUACGCGGUUAUUUUCGAGCAUCUUUUCGUUGCCUUUCUUUGUUUGCGUUUUUUGGGCUACCACAAGAGUAAUGUUAUGAAAUAGGAUUGCAACAAAUUAUGUUUUGAUAAAAAGAAGAACGUAUUUGGUGAACCGUUUCAGCACACUAUCUGCACAUUGUGAUGUUAGUGCGUAAUGCUUGUAAAGCGUUUGUUAUGUUCCUAUACAAAAGCGUUGAAUCGCUCCCAUCGUGUAUCCUGCGGUAAUAAAACCACUACUUCCGAUUACCAUGUUACGACGUGCGAUGCCAUCAUGUUUUCUGGGCGGUGUUUUAGCUCGGACGCAAAUCAUGCACCCGACGACGGUCAAAAGCCGGUAACGGUAUCGUUGUAUCACAUGAAAAAAAUAAUCAAAGGCUCUAGUACGAUACUGGGUGAGGCUUUCGAAGGACCCACCUGCAUACAAACAGUCUGUCCUGUGUGCCAUAUAGUGCCCGGAGCGGAAGGGAACAAUAUCACGGAUCCGAUCCGCAGGAAAAUAUUCGUUAACAAAACGACGGGCAAUUUCACAUGUUCUUCUUGUCAGUAUCUUGGCAGGUGGGAUCACAUUGAAAAGUUUUUCCCACCGUACAACCGUGCACCGAAAACGGUACAAGAGCUAAGGAAACUAAGGGAUGCCUUUUUGGAGUUGAAAGGAGAACACGUGGGUGCAGUGCAUGCAGUUCCUGGAGAUGCAAUUCUUUUGGAUUCCAUCGAUGAGGCCCGCGAAGCGAUACGGUGUCUGCAUUUGGAGAAUAUAAUGCCUGAAACAUUGGUCACCGUGAAAGCUCAUUGGCAGCAUGAAAGGCAGGAACUGUUCAUACCGCUGGUAGAUGUUGAAGAUCGUACCAUUGGUUAUAAGACGCUGCGCGUUGGUUCGGAUGGAGAGAUUUGUGAGCGUACGGUGCCAGAAGCGAAUGCAAGCGGUCUCGUUUAUCUAAGAUGCGCUCAGUUCAACACGGGAGCAAAGGCCAAAGAUCAAAGUCAAACUAAUGCCAUACUCGUACUUAAUGUGCUUGAUCUGCUUGCCCUAGGCAGUGUGAAGCUAAAUGCAACAGCCGUUUGUCUUCCACAUGGUUUGAAAGCGCUACCUCAACAGUGUUUGCCCGGUUUGGAACGUUUCCAAAAGCUUACGCUGUGGUUCAAUUACGAUACAGCCGGUUGGGAUACGGCCCGCAAUUAUGCCAAGAAGCUUGACGAACGACGGUGCCUGUUUGUGCGCCCAACUGAUCAACAUCCUACACCGUACAGGGCUCUGCUGGAAGCAACAACAGAACCAAAGACAAUCCUAUCAAAAGCACAACCCAUCCUGCAUCAAUCCAUCACAACGUUCCGAGCGUUGCGGCAAGAUGUGCUGAGCGAUUUGCAGAACAUCGAUAAAGUGCAGGGUGUGAAAUGGAAACGCUAUCCUACGCUGAACAAACUGCUCAAAGGUCACCGUAAGGGAGAGCUAACUGUACUGACCGGACCGACCGGAUGCGGCAAAACCACCUUCAUGUCGGACUAUUCGCUCGAUCUUGCCCAGCAGGGUGUUUCCACGCUUUGGGGAUCGUUCGAGAUUCGUAACACUCGGCUGGCAGUAACACUGCUCCGGCAGAUGGUGGGCCGACCGCUCGACGUGAACCUGACCGAGUUCGAACAGUGGGCAGAUGCGUUCGAACGUCUACCGAUCUAUUUCAUGACCUUUCACGGACAGCAACCGAUCAAGAUCGUGAUGGAAGCGAUCGAGCACGCGCAGUACGUGCACGACAUCCAGCACGUUAUCAUAGACAAUCUGCAGUUCAUGAUGGGUGUGUUGGAUGAAGCGAAGCAUCUGGAUCGUUACUGGAAGCAGGAUGCAAUCAUUGCCGCAUUUCGAACGUUUGCCACCAAACGCAACUGUCACGUGACGCUGGUGAUCCAUCCGCGUAAGGAGCGAGAUACAGACGAGCUAACGACGAGCUCCAUCUUUGGCGGUGCGAAAGCUUCGCAGGAAGCGGACAACGUGUUGAUCAUUCAGGACAAACGGUUGACAUCGGUGAGAGGUAAGAAGUAUCUACAGAUUGCAAAGAACCGCUACAGUGGGGAUCUUGGUAUACUGCCGCUGGAUUUCGACAAAGCAAGUCUAAGUUACGCCCAGCGAAAGAAGAAACCCGAUGGAGGCGAUGAUGAAGCGUCUACCGGUUCCAACGAAAGCUCACCGAUUGAUCGGACGGUAAGGAGAGCCUUCUAGUGUGCGUCACAAAAAAAAACAGUGUACAGAAGAUAGUGUAG